AGUCAGCUCGAGAAGGCUGGCGGAGAGGCCGUACCGAGCUGCGCGAAGCGGGCGAGCUUCCCUGUGAUUGAGUGAGAGCUCCCGGGAACCCGAGGCUGCUGGAGGCCGGUACAGCAUGGAGUGCGCCCUGGACGCGCAGAGCCUGAUCAGCCUGUCCCUGAGGAAGAUCCACAGCUCCCGCACCCAGCGAGGGGGCAUCAAGCUGCAUAAGAACCUGCUGGUGUCCUACGUGCUGCGCAACGCCCGGCAACUGUACCUGAGCGAGCGCUACGCCGAGCUGUACCGCCGGCAGCCCUUCCCGCAGCAGCCCAUGGACUGCGUCUCGGCCAUGGAGGAGAUCCCGGAGCUCAGCCCCCUGCAGAUACCGGAGGAAGGCGAGGACGAAAUGCACCAUCAGCUGCCCAGAAUCCAGAGCGGAGCCGACUUACUGGAGCCCGUCUGCUCCCCAGCCCUGCUCGUCCACCCGCAGGAGCCCCUGGAGCUGCCCCCCUGCGCGCACACCCCGCACCCGGCCAAGGACUCCUCCGCUGCCGGCUUCUACCCCAGGAGCUGCUGCUCGGUAGAGCCGGGAGCCGGGCUGAGCCACUGCACUCAGACCACCGUGCUGGACCUGGACACUCACGUGGUGACCACGGUAGAGAACGGCUACCUGCACCAGGACUGCUGCGCCUCUCAGUGCCUGUGCCAGGGCGCACAGUGCCCGGCUGCUCCCAACCAGCUCCCCGCUGCCCCCAAGCGCAGAUACCCCCAGGUGGGGUACACUUACGCUGGGCAGGGGGAGGAGGAGGACUUGGAGCCCCACUUUGUGCCCUGUAAGAGGGGCAGGUAUGAAGACUUUUGCCCACAGAUGGGACCCCCUGAGCACAGUGACUCUUCCAACAUCUCCAACCUGAUCUCCAUCUUCGGCUCUGGCUUCUCGGGGCUGAUGAGCAGGCAAGCCGAGUCAGAGCAGACUCUAAACGGACACUUAUGUGGCAAGCAGGCGCUGGCCAGCCUGGGAGCCUGGACUAGGGCAAUAGUGGCUUUCUAGCGCUAAGGGGGCAGUUUCUGGGGUGGGCAAAUGUCAGUGGACAGUGUGGGGGUUACUGCAAGGUGGGAGGUGGGGUGGUGUCUGGAGAUGGACACUGAAUUCAGGACUUGAAAAAUAAUCAAAAAAGGUUUUAUAAAAAAAACUGUACAGAAUUCUACAGAUCCUGGACUUUAUUUUUGAAAUGAAAGAAAGCACCUAUUUAACUGAGUUUUUUUAAAUUUUAAUUUCUAAAGGCAAAUCUGUCACACAAGGCAAAGGCUGAUGAGACUUAGGGGUAGGAGGCAAAUUCCAUGGGUGGGCUACUUUUGUAUGUGGGGUAUCUUCUCUGUGCCAUUGUGGUGGCUGGGGGUUGGAAGAUCUGGAGACCCACCUCAAUCCCAUCCUUACCUUCUGGGGGAGAAGGUGAUGUGACCAUCUCCAGUGAGGUGGGGGUAACUAAGUUGGUGGGGCUUUAACCUAUUACCUGCUGGAUGGACUCCAGCAUAGUGGGUUAAAUCCAAGAACACAUGGAUCAUACCCCUUGUAUGCCUCAAUCUUCUCCAGCCUUCAGACAUUCUUGAAGGUAUCUACUGGUGGAGGCUGAGCAUAGCAAAGAGGGGUUUUAAUACAGACAAGCCCCUAAAAGUAUA